AUGGCACCUCCAAAGGCUUCACUCCCCGCCCGUGUUAUCGCCGGUGACUUCUUGGGAAUCAACUGGAACAAGGUGACAUGGAUGGCGCCGUACAGCAACUUUUACCCGAUCACCGUCUGCGGUGGGUUUGGUGGUCGAAUGUGGUCUUCCUUCAUUCAAUACGGUCACUUCCACAAUCGCGCCACACGUAUAGUGCUGCGCAACGCUGUGCUCAGCAUCCCUUCAGCUCUCGCUGCAUUUGUCAUGAUUUCUAAUGUUGACUGGUUUCAGGCAUUGCAAUGCGCCUAUUAUUUCCCUGGCUGGCAGGUGCCUCGCUGGGCCUCGGAUAAAUAUGCAGAGGAAAUGGUCUUGCUUUCGCGCAAUAAACCUGGUGCGAUGGCUAAGCACCACUACGCUGGACCUGUUUCAAUCCCCGGAAGUGAAAAGCUCAUCACGGAGUAA